AUGGGUAGCGUCACAACAAUCCCCACCGUUGACAUCAGCGCAUGGCUGGACCCUUUUUCCACGGAAGAGGAUCGCCAGAAUGUGGUCGACGCAAUGCGCCACGCCUGCACUACUUACGGAUUCUUGAGUCUGGUGGGUCAUGGAGUGCCUCCCGAGACCCAAAAGCAAGCCCUGGACUGCGCAAAGCUGUUCUUCACUCUCUCUCAGGAGGAGAAGAUGGACGUGUGGAUUGGCAAGUCGAAAGGAAGGUCUUUCCGCGGCUAUGAGCCUCCAGGUAUCCAGGUCCAUCAGGAGGGACUUCUGCCUGACACAAAGGAGUGCUUUAUUAUCGGCCAUGAGGUACCCGAAGACCAUCCUGACUGUGGUACAUUCUCCACUGGUCCCAAUUUAUGGCCUAAGUCUCUCCCCGACGAGGAAUUCCGCACUCCCAUCAUGCAAUACCAGGCCAGGAUGGUAGAGCUUGUAAAGGUUCUCCUCAAGAUCCUCGCACAGGGUCUCCCGAAGGAGUGGAAGUGCCCGCCAAAUGCGCUAGAUGCAUUGGCUGAGAACGAGCCUUCCAUUCCCAUGAGACUGUUGCAUUAUGCUCCUCAGCCAAUUCUUGAUGAACGACAAUUCGGUGUCGGCGACCACACCGAUUUCGGAUGUAUCACCAUUCUCCUCCAGGAAAUGGGAACCGAGGGCCUAGAGGUCUGGUAUCCGCCUACCCGAACCUGGAUUCCUGUUCCUCCACAGGAACAUGCCUACGUAAUCAACAUUGGCGACAUGGUUCAGAAGUUCACUGGUGGUUACUACCGCAGUGCUCGUCAUCGCGUGGUGACCUUCACCGAAAAGCAUAGGUACAGCGUACCCUUCUUCCUGAAUGGGCAGCUGCAGUUGAAAUGCACUGCUCUUGACGGCUCGGGGGUCGAGACAAUUGUCGUCCUUCAUUCUACCUCUGAAAUACUGCAUCCUGAAGCACCCAAACCUGAGCGUGGUCGUCAGGACAAGCAUACCGAAAAGCCAGCCUACGAAGGGGUUUCGAGUAUAACUUUUGACAACCAUAUCUCUAUAAUUUACGACAACGGUAUCAGUAGUGAUGUAGAGGCGGUAACGUUUCAAAGGAUCCUGCUACCAAUACUCGACCGGCCAUGGCCUGCUGAUAUACCACCUUGGCGAAUCUUCGUUCUAUCUAUGACGUUGCCGUAUGACUCCAGACCGAAAUCGUCGGGCUCCGUGCAGCCGCGAGCACAGUCGAUGCCCAUACUUGGACUGGCUCACGUAUGUUCUUCGAGCAGGCGUCUGAACAGCAGAGCGAGGCUCCUGGAGAUCAAGGCUCCACUGUUACGAAAGGCGUUGCAGAUGUCGAGAAAACAUAACGCCAAACUUACCGCGAUAGUGCACCAGCUGACCAUUCGGGCGUUAAGCAAAGCCAUUCCCAACAGUGACAUAACCAAUUUCGUCUCGGGGACGGCUGUUGAUAUACGGGGUUCGAUUGGCACGCCAGGCUUCACUUGGGGUCUUUUCGUGUCUAGCUAUUACGAGAGACAUCCACGUCUGCUUCACGUAGCGCGGCCAGAGUUGUCGGAUGAGAUGUGA